UAACUUGAAAGUUACACGUCUUAUUAUGCAUAUGAAUGCAUCAGACAAAUUGACUUUCACUAGAGGAAAAAUUAUCAUGAUUCAAGCACGACAUAAACCUUGAAUUGCAUUAUACCUGUCGAUGAUUAUAAAUAAUAACUAAACUAGCGUAUCAAGUAUACAUUUCAGAAGACUAUAAAUUUUCCUAUUUUAAGGUUAGAUUAUGUAUGUCAACAUUGUGAAUGUAACACAAAGAUUAGAAAAGUGAUGGCGUAUUUGUUAAAUGUUUCGAUUACUGAAGUGUUAAUUGGAGUAACUGUAGGGCUAAUAUGCUGGCUUUGGAUGAGAUCACGGAGGCCAGCCGAUUACCCCCCUGGACCAAUACCACUACCACUAAUUGGAAACGUACAUCAACUUUCAGGUGGAAAUAUUGUGAAAGCUUUUCGCAGACUUCGAAAAGAAUAUGGUGAUAUUUUCAGUCUUUCAAUUGGUUCAUCUUGGGUGAUAGUUGUUAACGGAACCGAUGAUUUACGUGAAUUGUUGCUUAAAAGAGGCGACAGUAUUUCAGACAGGCCAAACAUUUUCAUUUUAAAACUCAGGGAUAACCAUGGAAUAAUCGCAUCAAACGGCACAACAUGGAGACAACAGCGGACAUUUGCACAUUUAAAACUUAGAGAUUUUGGAUUUGGAAGACGUAGUUUUGAAUCAAGAAUUUCAGAAGAGGUUGAUAUAUUCCUGAAAUAUCUGGAAGGUUUGAAAGAAAAGCCCUUUGAUGUUUCUGAAAAAUUAAAUAUUAGUGUAUCUAACAACGUCAUGUCAAUAAUAAUUGGACGAAGAUUCGAUUACGAUGACCCAAAGUUUAAAUACUUUGUUGGCUUACUUACUGAAAAUUUCAAGAAUGCAGCUCUGGCAGGGCCACUGUAUUUCUUUCCAAUACUUGCCAAGCUUCCUGGUGACUUGUUUGGCGCUAAAAAAAUCGUUGAUAUCUCGGUUAAGCUUAGACAAUUUUAUAGGGACGAAAUAGCAGAACACAAGGCAUCAUUUGACGAAAACAACAUCAGGGACUUUACAGACGCCUAUUUGAAGGAAAUAGCGCUCCAUAAAAAUGAAAAGGACACAACGUUUACAGAAAAACAACUUAUGUGGCUGAUAUCGGACUUUUUUACAGCGGGGACUGAGACAACUUCAACUACACUAAGAUGGGCUAUGGUGUUUUUAUUAAAUAACCCUACAGUUCAAACUAAAAUGAGAAAAGAGAUUGAAGAUGUUAUCGGAAGCGGAAGAUCACCGCAGUUAUCUGAUCAGAAAAACCUGAAUUAUUGUGUGGCGGUUAUUCAUGAAGUUCUUAGACUAGGAAAUAUUUCUCCAACUUCCCUGCCUCAUAGUGUUUCAGAAGAUGUCUUCUACAAAGGAUAUAAAAUCCCCAAAGGUGCUAUUGUUAUGCCGAUGUUAGAUUCUGUCUUGUUAGACGAAAGCAACUUCCCAAACAGCCACGAGUUCAUACCAGAACGAUUUAUCGAUAAAGAUGGCAACUUAGUGGACUUGGAUAAAGUUAUCGCGUUCUCUAUUGGCAAGAGAAAUUGUACUGGAGAGUCUUUGGCGAGAAUGGAACUUUUCCUUUACUUGACCUCUCUUAUCCAGAGGUUUGAACUGGUACCUCCAGAGGGAGAGGACCCACCUACGUUAGACGGAAUUUAUGGAACUACCCAUAGUCCUCUACCAUUUACACUCAGGGUACUAUCCACACACAAGUGACGAUUAUGAUAUUAUUUACACUCUAGUAUAUGGCUUUUUGGACUUUAUGGAACUACCCAUAGUCCUCUACCAUUUACACUCAGGGUACUAUCCACACACAAGUGACGAUAAUGAUAUUAACUAC